AUGGACGAAUCAAACCAUAGCGAAACGUUUGUGGUUGCUUUGGAUCUUGGAACAACCUACAGUGGAUAUGCAUUCUCAUCGAGGUCCAACCCACUGAAAAUCAUUUCAAACACAUGGUUUUGUGGAAGUAAGAAUGUGUCGUCAAAAACACCUACAUGCGUUUUACUUCACAAUGACGUAUUCGAUUCAUUCGGAUACGAUGCUGAAACCAAAUACUUUCAGUUUGCUGAGGAAGGACAGGAUGAGGGCUGGCGUCUAUUUAGCAGAUUUAAGAUGGUCUUGCACGAACAAGCGGCCGGGAUAGACACUUCGAGGCUUAAGCUUGCUCUAGAACCAGAGGCUGCAUCCAUCUGGUGUGAGUCACAUAGUGCCGAGGCGAGCAUUGCUCUGGCAGGAACUGGGACAUGCUACAUGGUCGUGGAUCUAGGAGGAGGGACAGCCGAUAUUUCAGUUCAUGAGAGGAAAGCAGAUGGAACAUUGAGGGAAAUACAUAGAGCUAGCGGUGGGGAUUGGGGCGGCACGAACGUUGAUAACAACUUCAUUGGACUUUUAGAAGAAGUAUAUGGUAGUGAAAGAAUGCAUGAGCUGAAAACAAAGUUCCAAGAUGAUUAUCUUGAACUUCUAAGGGAAUUUGAAGCUAAAAAAUUGGCCUUUCAGCCAAACCAUGGUAAAUUGUCACUCAAACUUCCGGAAAGUUUACAUAAAAGCGCAAAUCCCGGUGUUACAAAAUAUAAAGACAAGAUGGAAGUACAGCCCGGCAAAAUUAGAAUUGAGGCGAAGAAUUUCGCAUCAUUAUUCUUUGAUGACAUCAUAACAAAGAUUGCUAACCAUUUGAAAGAACUCUUUAAGCAACCGAAACUUCGAAGUGUUCAAACGAUAAUUUUAGUUGGAGGGUUUGCCGAAUGCGGAUAUUUACAGGAAGAAGUAAAAGCAGAAUUUCGUGAAAAACAAUUAAUUGUGCCCGAAGAUCCUGGUAUGUCGGUCCUUAAAGGGGCUGUAAAAUUUGGUCAUUUUCCACUCAUUGUGACAUCCAGAAUAAUGAAAUAUACAUAUGGAAUCGAAAUACAUCGCGUCUUCGAUGAAAAGAAACACAAACACAUUAAACCAGUGUACAACGAGAAGGCAAAAUGUCACUUCAUUGAAAAUUACUUCAGUGUGUUUGUCUCCGUAGAUGAAGAAAUGAAGACCGACGCUAAGUUUACUCAAAUGUUUGAGCAAAGGUAUGGCAGUGACAGAACGCUUAUCAAUAUAUUUCGAUCAACGCUAAAAGAUCCGUCGCUUGUAACAGAACCGGAAAGUGAAAAAGUAGGAACUGUAGAUAUACGGCAUCCCGUUGACAACGUAAAAAUAUACGUCACAUUCAUGUUUGGUGAAACCGAGCUGAUAGUCAAAGCAAGGAUUCAGGAGACUGGCAAAGAGGAGAUAGUGUCUGCCUACUGGCCACUGAAUGCUGGUGUCUGCCUACUAGACGCAAACUACUGGUGUCUGCCUGCUGGAUGCCUAAUACAGAUUUCUGGCUACUUGUCGCCUAAUAGUGUAAUCUACCUACUUGACGCCAAAAGACUUGUGUCAGCCUACUGGAUGCCUCAUCUAAUACAGAGACUUCUGGCUACUGGUCGCCCAAAAGUGGCUUCUGCCUACGUGACGCCAAAUACUGGUGUCUGCCUACAGGACGUCUAA